CUCGAUUUUUUGACGCCUCUGUCGUCUCGUCAGUUUGCCCCUGCCCAGUUGCCCACCGCCUCCGGCUCCGGCGAUCCCCAUCCAUCCGGCGAGCGAGCAGGGCGCCGUCGUUCAUCCUGCUGCUUCCGCCGCAUCCAUCCUGGUGAGCACAUCCUCCGCCACCGCCGCCUGCGCCGAUCCCCAUCCAUCGCGCGAGCGAUCGAGCAGGGUCGCCGUCGUUCGUCCUGCUGCUGCUGCUGGUGGUGGUGGUAGAGGAGGAGUUGACGGCGAGGGGAUCGAGAGGGAGGGAGGGAUGCGGCAGCAGCGGGGCAGGGGCGUGGGGCGUGGGGAUCCCGGGCUGCUGACGAGGGCGGUGGAGAAGGUGUUCCGCCUCGUCCGCCUCGCCGAGUUCGAGAUCCUCUUCGUCCUCUUCUUCCUCAUCGCCUUCGUCCUCUUCAAGGAUCUCAUGUCACGACCAGAGUACAACUCGAUCUUUGUCAAGAAGCCUGAUCUAGAUGGGAGAUGGCCAGGACUCAUGUAAUGUUUGUGUAGUGUGAUCAAUGUUGUUCUUUUUCCUCUUGCCCAAAGUACACUUUUGAGGUGCUUCUUUGACUUCAGUUCUUAUGACUACUAAUGUUAUCUUUCAAGAUGAUGAAUAUAGUUUUUGAUGAAUUGCCUUCUUUGGUUU